UAUUAUUCCAAAGUUGCUUUGCUUACGUAUGAAGCAGAUUUGCGGCCAGUACCAGCCAGAUUGUCUCAGGAGGAAAGUUAGCAACAACAACAACAACCACAACAAAGGAAAAAGGAAGUGAAGACGUCAGCAAUUCUCAGAUUGCACCGCCAAGACAACAGAGAGAUAGAAAGCAAACUGAUUGUUUGAGUGGAAGAUGGGCGCCUGUACUGAAUGCCGUUUGGCUAAGGUCAAGUGUGAGCAGAGUUUCCCAUGUGGACGAUGUCAGCGUUUGGGCAAGAACUGCAUUCCUCAUGAAUCAAGACAAGGACAGAAUCCUUCACGGCGCAAACGGCAGCGAACCGACCCCAAAGUGACAGGAGAUGUUCGGUUGGAACGUAUGUUGAUCACAGAGGCCCGGAAGGAUCACUAUGCAUUGAAGCACAUUGUGCGGCAAUGGAUCGCCUUGUCCAUCAAGCGCCGCUCCUUCAAACUGUGGGCCCGUGCCGGUAAUUUGGCCGAGGCCUGUGGAGUUUCCAUGGACGAGAUUCUGAGUGACAAGAAUGAAGAACAUCGCUCCAUGGAUUUCAUCCACCGCAUGAUCACCUCUCCAACCGAAGACCAGUUGGUCAUUGGCAAACAGCCCUUGAAACCAAACGAUGUUCCGGAUAUUCUCUGGAAAGCCGUAGGUAGGCCCACUGAUGAACACAUGGAACAAGCACUCAACUCACGUUGGAUUAUCGUCCGAGAAGUCAUCCAGGGCACCAUUCGAUUCUAUAUCUCGCCUGGAUUUGUCCAAACCAUUGGCGUCUCCCGGUCAACCCUUGAAGCCACCUUUCGCGCCAACCAAAUGGAUGUUGCCAAUUUGUUGUAUCCCCAACACGCCAUGAAUAAUCAACAACAGGAUUACAUGACUAGCCUUGCACAGCAAUUGGCACUCCACAGCAAACCAGGCAUUCCACCCAAACCCUCCAGAAUACCCAAUGUCAAGAUUCUGGUCGGCAAAGACAAGCAGGAAAAGGUGGUCGAUCAGCUAGUGUGCCUUCACAUUCAACGCAUGGAUGUCUCAUUUGUAUUGUUUGAGUUUGUGGAUCCUAAUGCCAAAAAGGUGGCCACAAAUGACCAGGAAAAGGAUGAGAUCAAUCUCGAUAGUUUCUAUCUUGAUCUUGAUUCUGUUGAAGGAGGUAUUGACGAUUUCAAAAUGAUAUGUGAUCUUCUCAAGGACAGCUAGCUUG